CUAUAUAUUAUUCUCACUUUUACAUAUUCAUUUAGCACUCCUAGAGCCUUAAGACACCCAAGGCAGAACAACUAUGAAGUUCUCCCACCUCCAAAAGACAACAAUGUGCAAAUAAGGAAAAAUUUCUGCCUGUGCUUCCCCUUCCCAAAAUGCCUGGCUUUCUUCUUCACUUCUAGCCCCUCACCCUCUCUGAUCCUAGCCCCUGGGAUUAUGGUCAGAGUGGUUAUCUCACUGAUCCAAGGAGACUAGUCAUGGCAAUUUAACUUUUCAGGGAAUCAUCAAACCAUUGAACUCAUUGUGCAUUUCUCACUGACAUUACUCACUGACACAUCUCAUGAACAGCCCUUGAGUGGGUCAUGACUGAACCUGGCAUGAACUGGAGCUCUGUAUUCACCAUCACCUGUCCAAAGCAGUAAGCAACAAUUUAGUGAUCCAAAUGAGAUCUGAACAUGAGGGCUGCACAAAUUUCUGAUCAGAUGGUUAGUCAAAAGUAAGCACAGCCAAAAGUUUCUGUGUUAACUGCUUGAACUCUCUGUGCAGCUCCAUAUAAGCUCAGUGUUGUCAUUACCUUGGAAAUCUGUGGCUAGUAAUGCAGAAGUUCAGGCAUCUGAGAAACAUUAGCAUCAGAAAGGCAGACACUUAGAGAAUUUUGGUGCUUUCAGCUUUCAGCAGCUUGAAAGGGGCAGUCUGAGGCUCAGCAUUUCAGGUAUCAGAUUUAGGUGUCAGCAAUGGCAGGUGCCACCACCUAAUCAUCUAAAAUCUAGUAACAUUUUCUGUCAACCUAAACUACUGUUCCUGAAAUCCUCAGACAUGCUUGCCCAGAAAGUUAAAACAGAUUUAAUAUAGCGCUAUUUUAUUACAUGCUUGCUUUCCAUCUGUAGUUCAUGCUACAUUCUUGCUGAUCUUGGUUUACCAGUGAUUUCAAAUAAUAAACCAACGGAACUUGAUUUUGACCCCUAAAUGCUCAAAUAUACCAAAAAAAGACUGAAAAGAUUAGAAGCAGGUGCUGCAGAUACCUUCUGUAUGUGUGUUUGAACAUGGUCAAACUCUUGUGUGAGAAUAAAAGGAAUCGAAAUGGAUUUCUGAUAUGUCAACACAUUUAUGUCUCCUGCAACUUCUCUGUUAUCAGUGGGACGAAGGCCUCAACCAUUUUAACAAAGGAAUGGAAUGCUUCACAAGGUGGCCUUAGCACCCUGACAGCCUCUUCUAAGUAGUCAGCUGCUAUUUUCAGGCUUUUCUUUACAGAUUUGUGUCCUCGAAGAACAAGCUGUAUGAAAGUGAGAAGUGAAGAGGAGGAGGAUUGAGACUGAGACUUGAGCUUUUCAGGUGUACCCUUUGAAGAAGAGCUGCCUUUUGUGGUACUCGGUGUUUCAUUUUGUGGCAGUAUCUUAGCAAUAUCAGCAUAGUCCAUGAGAAGUUCUGAUACUUGGAGGCAUAAGGCAGGAGAAUUCAGUAAUUGAUGAAUAGCAGACUCUACUGCGUCAGGGAGCUUGCCAUGUUUCAACAUCACUGCAAUGAGUGUGCCCAUGAUGCUUCCUAAAACCCCCUUAUAAUUCUCAUAAAGAUCCUUUACUAUAGCGAUCUUAUCUUGUAGAGAGGUGAUGGGACCAGCAAUCUUAGCAUACAAACUGUGGCUGAUUUUUUCCUGCACAUCUUUGUCUUUAGUUUCCACAGUGACUUGCAUCUCUUUCAAAGCAUCGACUAGGAGCUGCAGGUUCUCUUUAAUGCUGAAGUUUUCUUUUACUGAAAUGAUUGGGAAGUUGGUGCCAAGGUGCUCAUUGAGGAUCCGGAAUAUUGUGUUGGUAGAAGAGAUAUAUAUGUACACUAAGUCAUACAGAUCUUGGCUGGCUCUGAGCAGCCUUUCUUUAUCACUCUCAAACCCAAGGCGGGAUAACAUUUCUACAGAGGAGAUCUGAAAAGCAAACAGAAGAAAUCCAGAAGACACAGGGUAGAAAAACUGAAAACGUUUUCAGCUAGAAUGUUACAUUUCUGAAACUAAAAUUACAAAUUAUCAACCCAUCUGCACCCUCAAACAAGAGUCAUUAGAGUUAGAAGAGAAUAUGGAAAAAGGGCUUCUGCCAGCCUUUGCAGGUCUUACCAGGCAGGCCAGCAAAACAUGGGAUAAGCAGCUAGAUGUUAUUGUUUCAGUGGCUGCUGGAAUUAAGAAUCUGACCCUCAGCUGAAAAGCAACAGAAGGUGUGUGAGAGUAGUUCUUGCUUUUUGGUGUUUACUGGUAGAUCUACGGGAGUCCUCGCAAAUAGUCUACUUUACAUCAUCCUUAGAACUAUCAUCCUUUGGUUUGAUUAUACCAGUGGGUCUGCUCAAAAGUAAACUUGUGUUCUGGGCAGGUGGGAAUGGACAGAGGAAAGUCAAUUUGCCAAAUGAGUCAUCUGCUGUCAAGAGACAAAACAGAGAAAAAGAGACAAAAAAAAAAGGCUGAAUAAUACAAUGUGCUGCCAGGAUACCACUUCCUUUGAAGUGACCCACAUCUGUCAAAUCGUAGAGUGGCUAGAUGUUGCACUCCUGCUACCUAGAGACAGCAGCUCAGCAUCCCUUGGUAGGUGGAAGUAGGUUCAGUCUCCUUGCCUGGGCUCCCAGCUUGCUGCUCUUUUGACUACUAGGCGUUCUCCCAAGGCCGACUUCAGGGACAGUUCUAGGGCAGCACGCUGUUGAAGGGAGCAAAAUAGCACUGCCCCUGGUGUUGCCUUUGCCUGUGCCAGAGGCCUGUCCUGGAAAGCCAGACUGGCUGCAGGUGUUGCAACCAGCAGCCGUGUUUCAUCAGCUAUUGCUGCAAUUAGAUGUGCCAUUAGAGGUAUCCAAGCAGUCACAAUUCCCCAUCCUGCUUCAUAUACUUCAAGGCUUUUCUCUUAGUGCUCAGCCCUCCCCAUACCUCUCCCUCCUUUCCUUUACCCUGGCAGAAGUAGUCUGAAAUUGCAUGAAGUGGUAAAAUUGAUUUUAGCCUCCACUGUUGGUAAGCCAGAGCUGGCUUUGGGGCUUCAUGGCACUUCCUCCCCUCUCACUGCAUCAGAGGAGAGGGCCUGGGAAAUUGCAGCAAAGAAGAGUGACAGACACAUCAGAUGAAGUCCUUCCGCCAAAUGUAAAAGGUCUGAAACAAUAGCUAUUAUCUUGCUUAAAGAACUGGAGCAAAACUGGAACAAAACUGCUGGUUUACUGUGCAAAUCAUUUUGAAUCAUGUUCCAUAUAAUAGAGUAGGGACUGCAGAAGAGAAUGGUUCCCCUCCAUGACAAACCUUGAGGACCUGAAAUCAGCUUCCAGGACCAUAGUGUGUGACAGAGGCAGAUGUUAGGCUGAUGAAUUCAAUCCAGUUCGACAUUUGAGGAAGUAAUUCAGGACUGCAUGACAUUCUCAGUUAGUAAAAGGAGUCACAGCUGGGAAAGGGCUGGGAACAGCUAAUUGCAGAAAAGUAAUAGGUAAAUCAUUAGUGUUCUUUCUUAGCUCAUGCUCUCAUGCCUACAGCUCUGAAAUCAAGGAGAGUUUCAUACUCCAGCUCUGGACUGAACAAAAUAGGUCACCUUUCAGGGGAAAACAAGCUGGCAAUUACAGAUGACUCAUUUUAUCCUUGAUAGAAGAACUGGUCUUGUACCCUGAUGUAAGAACUAAACCAUUCUGACGUGGGGAGGCAGCACUGGUGACUAAGUCCUGGUGGACAGUGGGUCUGCCUUUCUAAAGCUCAGUGCAUAGAAGGUGUCUAACUUGGAUGAAAGCAGAAGUACAGGCUCUCCUGCUGGGACGGACAAAGCCUGUACCACUGACUUCAUGGUUUCUGGUAUUUAUUUUUCUAUUUAUGUUGGAAUGUUCUACUUUUCUUCCAUAAAUCACAGGUGUACAAAAACAGUCAUGGAAGCAAUUCAUCAUUUCAAGCAACAGCUGAAAACAUUACCAUUUAUUAUGUAUAUUUAUAAACAACAGAAAUUUAUAAAUCCCAGUAUGAAAUCUAAUCCUGUACCUGGAGGAAUGAAAAGUGCUGUCCUACAUGUUAAAUUUUCUGACAACAGCAGGUAAUACCAUCCCCUUUCAGACAUGGCUAUAGGUGCUCACAAGGGCACCUUUAUCAUAGGCAGAUGGAUUCACGCUGUAAUUGUCCUCUCCAUGAAAAGAAGGCCUUUGGACACAGGCCUGGAGGACCUAGCAGUUGUGAACUACCCUGAAAUAAACUGAAAUGUGUUAUAAUAGGACGGAAGGAGAAAGAAGGAAAACAUCAUCCAACAGGAAUAACUGAGAGAAGGCAGGCAACAGGACCCAGAUGACGCCUGAGGCUCUGGAUCAUAACUCAUCACAUGCUGCUGGAAACCACCAGAGGUAUCCGGGGAAAGAGGAUGAAAUCAUUGUCCUGCACACAUCCAGCUGAUUGCAGAAGCGCUCAGUCAAAAUCAGUUUCUGUAAGUAAGAAUAAGCAAAUCAUCUUGUAACAAAACAUCACUGGAGUGGAGAAUAUCUAAUACCACUCUGAGUCAGGAAGCAGGCCAACAAUAUCCCUGAGGACAUUGUUUCCCUCCAGCCUGAAGAAAGAUGAGUUAAAGGUUUAUUUUCUUGACAGAGCUACAAGGUAAGUGACUGGAAGAAAUGCAUACCUAAUUCAAUGUACAGUACUACGCAAAAUAUUACGGGAAAAAAAUCCCUUCAGAUUGGCUUGUAUUUCAACACUGGGACUAAAAGCUGGCUAGGGGACUGUUGAAAUUUACAGUGUUUUUGUCGGGGAGGGGUGCAUUUAGUGAAAUAUGGCCGGAUCACUGUCAGGUGAUUUGGAAUUAAUAGAUUGUGUAAGAACUAAAAAGACCAAAAUAACAGAAAGGGGUUGUUACAGAAGAAAAAUCUAACUAAUCUCCUACUCAUAACAAUUUGCAGUUAUAACUGUGGUAUGUAGGCACCAAUAACAAGAAGAGAUUUAUCUUGGAAAAACGCAAACUAAUGCAUAAAAGUGUCCAAGAUUUGCAAUAGGAGGGCUGAGAAUGCAAAAGUACCAACAAAGAAAUCAGACGUUCUACUCAUUCACAGUUCGCCCCAGUUGCAGAGUUCAUUUAACUGAAAAUCACACUAAAGCAUUUUUUCUUUGCAGUUGGUGAUGGGUUAAAAGGAAGUGGCACAGAGUUGAUUACAGAAGCUUAGUAACGAGGAAUAACUCCAUAAUCCUUGUAGCUUAUUUCUGAAGAAUGGCGCUGAGCGACCUCCUUUACCCAGAUAACCCCAAGAGACGUCAAGAAUUGAUCCACCUGCAUCGGGAAUUGCUUGACUACAUGUCCACAAAUUUCCAUGCAACAAAUGAGUUGGCUGGAGUGCUGAAUGAAUACCUGGGGUGUACGAUUCCCCAUAUUAAGAUGAGAGAGAGCAGUACUGUCAAGGAAAACUGUGACAUUAUCAUUCAAGCAAUGAGUAAGAUUCAGUGUCAAGUACAGAAGAUUGAUAGUGACAUGAAGGAAAAGCUAGAGCCUGUGCUGUACCAGAAGUUGUAUGAUAUCAAAGAGCCUGAGCUGGAGAAAAUUGCGAUAGCCCAUAAAGUCUUUUCUGUUGUUCUUGGAGAAGCGACUUCGACGGCUGGGAUGGUAGCUAUCAAACUAAUUGGCUCUGAUCUUAUAACUCUUACUGUUGGCAAACUUGUCAGUCUCCUUGCACAGAUUGGGGCAUCUGUUCUUGGGGGAAUCAGCAUUGUCAUUCUCGGGCUUGGCAUUGAAAUGAUCCUCCACGCCAUUCUGGGAGCCGUGGAGAGGAAUCAGCUUCUGGCAGCUGUGAGAAGCUAUGAGGAGCACCUGGCCCAGUUUAAAGCAGCCUCAGAAAAAUACCAGCGCGCCAUCUACGAGGUGACUUCCCUGGUGAGACAUCAGGCUCAAUGAACGAAGUUGGUAUUCUCCCUCCUGCCAUGACAGCAACCACAGCAGCUGUGUCUGCUAAAUGUUUUUGAUUCAUUACAGUAAAAUGAUUUUUUCCCCACUGUACAUGUAUUUGUUUCUUUCUAGUGGUAACAGAACAAGAGAUGUGCCAGACGAGGGAACUAGAACAGAAGUACAUCAAUAAGGAAUUGGCUUCAGGGUGCUUCUGCAAGGCAACAGUUCAAAUACUUGGCACCUUUUGUUCAGCAGUUUUCUGGAAUGUGUUGUAGAUAACAACCCUGAAACAUACUAGUACUAAUGACAAUAAUUUCACUGGUGGAGCAGUAGUGGUUAGAAAGCACAAUUUUUUUUCUUACUGUGUUUCUAUAGCAAAGGUGAGAUCAUGAUGAGAGAAAACGAUUUCAAUAAACAAACCCACAUCAUCAUCCGGAGGGUUCAUUGGGACAGCUGCACUGACUAAAUUUUCUUAGUGUGGAUUAGCACUAGAUCUGAUAUGCUGAAUUCCCUUUUCAUAGAAGUGCUCAUAAGGACUUGCUGAAGCAUAUUUAACUGCUAUUGCCUGUCCUAUUCUUGUCCUAAGGAGCCUGCCAGAGAUAUUCCUUAAAUAAAUUCUAAUCCCAGUAGAUUAGCAGUUAAGAAAAUCAUGUGUCUACAAACACACACAACCCUGCCCCACAAUUGAGAGGAAUGAGCUGCAGUGUUCUAGGUGUCUGUGAAUAAUCUCUCAUGCUCAGUAAUGCCCUGCUCCUGCCAACCCAUAGGCACUUAGUUCUGGGCACAUUUGCUGCACAUUGCUUGCUGUUGGUUGAAAUGGGAUUAUACACAUGUGCAAGUAUUUGUAGGAUCAUAGCCCUAGAUCACAGACAUGCUGUUGGAUUUAUUUUCAAGUGCUUCACAAGUCACCAAUGUGCGACUGCCAAGAGCAUACUCAAAUUCUGCGCUUCACAACAUGCUACCGAAUGUCCUUAUGCAGCAGAUUUUAAAAACAAAAAGCUAGAAGCAAGAAGCAAGAACAUGAUUUGCGGUCUCUUUCUCUAAUUUACUGUGGUUUGCUUGCUUUGUUCUUUGAAGAAAAAAUGUAAUUUAAAAAUUAAUAAAAAAAGCAUCUAAAUAUUGUAAGAGCUCUCUUUCCUGUACUUGUUCUGCUUUUUUUGUUCUGUCUCAAAAAUCAAUCUGAAGCCAAAUCAUAUGGUGCACUUACUGCGAAAAAAG